AUGGCGACUCCGGGGGAAGAGGAAGCAGCUGCUAGGACGGAUAAUCAAGACAAUUAUAAACGGUGUAUCCCGUACAUUGGACUAGUGACGACCGGAACGGUCUUCUGGGGCUACAUAAUCACCAAGCGUGUCAACCGCAUGCUCAUAGGGCGCUACGACGACGUUGUGUACCAGAUCAGAAGGGCGGAGUCUCUGAGCAACAGAUUCAAAGCAUUCAAGCUUUUCACGAUAGGAGGUGCUGUUGUGCCCGCAUUGACGCUGGCAGCAGUUUACAUAGCCGGUAGACGCCAGGAUAAAAACGAGGAACAGCUCUCUAAACAACUCAAAGCUGAGGCGGUGGAGGUCUCAAAGGCUGCGUCCAGUAAACUCGCGGAUUGCACGUACAAUGCAAGCAAACGGCUGGAGCGCAUAGCAGACGGGAACGAUGACAAUGCACGACCAGGGCCUGCUUAUACCGAUGAUCACGACCGUGAAGCAGAGUGGGACCACUCCGACUUCAAGGUGCCCGGCGCGGUCUCGAUGCGAUGGAGAUCCGACAGCGCCCCAGACGCCGUCUUCAGGGACGGGUUACAGAUCCUCAGGAUAUUCAAGGAGCACGGAAUCGUCAAUACCGAUGACCCGCGGAUCUUGCGCGUCGAGGAGGUGCGCAACUUUUUCAUCCACAUGGACAAGUGCUACAAAACGCCGAAGAUAUCCAUGUCGGAUCUGUUUGCACGGAUGCUGCAGAGCCUACGGUUGCUGCCCAGCAUAGUAAGGGACGCGAGGUUGCACAACAGGUCCGGCAACAGCAAUGCAGCGGUGCUCAUGGAUGACCCCAAUGAGGACCGGUACAACGACGAGGUCCCCAGCCAGCGGAUCGAUGUGGUUGUCGAAUGGGAGAAGAUUAAAAUGCAGCGUAUCAUUGGCGGGCUCAAGGUUCUGUUCCCGUUCACGACCAUGGCGAAGGCGCAGAUACAGAUUCUGGCAAAGCUGGUCAAUGCCCUUAAAAACUCGGAGCACGUUAUCCUCGAGUCGCCAACCGGCACGGGUAAGACAGCGGCUAUACUGUCAGGGGUGCUAUCGUGGAUGUACCAGGGUCAUGUACAGAACACUGUCGUCUACGAAAAUCCCAGCGAUGCGUCGCAAUCAUCCGCGUCCAGCAGCAGUUCUUCAUCGCAGUCGGAAGCCAGCACCAGGGUCAAGGCGCGGGUUGUGUACCUGACUAGAACCCACGCGCAGAUCAAACAGGUCAUGGCCGCAAUCAAGAAGAGCGGGUUCAGGCCGAAGAGUUGCUGCAUAGCGUCGCGGCUGCAACUCUGCAUUUACAAGCCAAAGAAGGCUGACGAAAAUGGGGAAAAUGAAGGCAGCAAUGAUGAGGAGGAUGCUGACGACCCGAAAAGCAGGGUGAACACGCAGUGCAGGCAGUUAAUAGCAAAUGUCGACAAAGCGCGGAAUUCCGCGAGGCAAAGCUCGUACACGUGCUCUGGAAGGACCAUCAUCCCUAAGGCGAACCCAAACGAGCAUAUGUGCCCAUAUUACCUCAACAUGGGUUGCAAGAAUUACGCCAUCAGCACGGCGCUGCGGUUGCUGAGCAGCGACACCGCCACGUGGGACAUCGAAGACCUCAUCUCGUACGGAAUGCAGCCGAGCCAUCCUGACGCCUCCGUGGGCUGCCAGUGCAGUGAGCAGCGUGAUGUGAAGCCAAGGAAGAAACGCGAUGGGGAUAUCACGAGCUACUUCAAGCGGAGAGGGCACUAUGAGCCGCCUCCGUCGCAGGAUGGCGUGUGCCCGUACUAUACCGCGAAGGCUGUGGCCCAAGUGGCCGAUUUCGUUGUAUGCCCGUACCCGUACAUCAUCGAUCCGCACACCGUGGUCAGAGGUAACGCCAUACCUAACAAGGUGGCCACCAUACUGACAACGGAGACGAAGUACCAAAGCGUGAAAAGCGAGAUCAUGGAAAUAAUUAGCGAGAAGACCAAUAUCAGCGGAGCGUCUGGCAAUGGCAUAUUCGCCAACAUGAAUAACACGGUGCUCAUUUUCGACGAAGGGCACAACCUCGAAAAUUCGUGCAUCGAGGAGGCGUCGUGGGAUAUUGGGUUGGACGUCCUCAAAGCGAUUUUGAAGUGGCUGUUCUUUGUAAGGGCGAAGGUUAAGGCGUUGGAUGACGUGGACCUCAGCGACCCCGGUGACAAGUCGUCGCUCAAGGCGAGUGGCCAAGUGAACAAGGCGCUCAUACGGGUUAUCACCUUCUUGCAGGAGCUGAUUGAAGGGCUCGAAAGGUUUUUGCACUCAAAAUCCGACGGCAAUUCUGGUCGUAGGAAGGGCGAUUCUUAUGAAAGAGUGAUUCACAGCUGGGAUAGGUACGACCAGGCCCACAACCCCUUGGGAGGGUCGGCGGAGUUUAUACAGGCAUUCAACCUUGACAUUGCCAAAGUGUACAUCGUAUAUUGCAGCAUGAUGCAGAUCAAGUCGCAAACCAGGACACUCAGCCUCAGCGGGGUCAGGUUGGUGGAGGACUAUAUUUUCCAGCUGGAGUACUUGCUUGCCAUCAUGGUAAUGCUCUGCCACAUGCCCGAGUGCUACAAUGUCCAGAUAGUCGCCAACGGUGAUAACGCGUAUAGCCUGGGGAUUUGGCUGAUGAACCCGGCGGUGAUGUUCAACGAAUUGGCCCUCAACGCGCGGAGCAUAGUCAUCGCGUCGGGAACACUCGCACCCAUUCCUCCCAUGGUUGCGAGCCUGGGUGCGGAGUUCGAGCGGAGGCUCAAGAACAACGUCAUAUCGGCCUCGCAGACGCUCACAAAGAACCAGCUGGCGCUCUACACGGUCACGCAUGUGUCGAACUCCAGGUACAACAACGACGCCAUAGAGUGCAACUUCAGAAACCUCAAAGAUAAUGCCUUCCUCAUACAACUCGGGAAUUCGAUCGCCAGGCUGCUCGAAGUGUUGCCCGGAGGCACACUCAUAUUCUUCCCCAACCGAACGGCGAUCUCUGCGUGCGUCCAGCUCUGGGGCGAGACUUACUACGAUGCUGGCCCCAGAAGGACCAAAAUCACAAUCCUCGAACGCAUCAUGCAGUGCAAGGACAUGAACUUCUACCAAGAACCCACUGUAGCAGCCGAGUUCGCCGCAAUGUUGAAGGAACUGCACGAACAGAAGAAGUUCGUGCUGUUCGCCGUGUAUCGAAGCCACUCGUCGGAGGGGCUCAACCUCAAACUGUCCUCCCUUAUACUUGUCGGGCUACCGUUCCCAUCUGUUGUCGCGCCCAAAGUCGGAAUGGCCCGGAGGUACCACAAAUCGCAAUCCGAACCGUACAACUGGUACCUCAGGGAGACCUACCGCGCAGUCAAUCAAUCCAUCGGGAGAUGUAUACGCACGAAAGACGACAGAGGUGUAGUGAUCCUGCUGGACCGGCGUUACACGGCGGCCAAGGAGUAUCUUCCUUACUGGAUCCACCCCUACAGCAGGGCUCAGUUUUCUGUCGAGGGCGUUAGAGAAGACAUUGAAGCUAAUUUUCAGUUCUAG